AUGACAUUCUGAACAUCAUAUGAAUCAGCUGAUCCCAGUCAUACUAUUCUGGAGAGUUUUUAUCAGCAAGUAGUGAACAAUCAUUGAAUAUUUAUUGAAGAAAAAAUUUAAAAACAUCAUUAAAGAUGUCAUUAAAUACAGCACAUGCCCAUAAUGGUGUUCUCCUUCAUGCCGGAGAAUGCAUUCUCCUUUUCUGUGACAAUGUCAGUAUGGAGUUUCAUGGUCAAGAACAACCAGAAUUCAUGGGUAAUAAGAAAGGACGAAUAUACUUAACUACACAUCGAAUGAUUUUUAAUGCAAAAGAUCAGAAAGAGAAAAUGCAGUCUUUUAGUUUCCCUUUCAUUACCCUGAGCGAAGUAGAGCUUGAGCAACCAAUGUUUGGAGCUAAUUAUAUUAAAGGGAAAUGUCGUGCUCAACCUAACGGUAAUUGGGUAGGAGAAUGCAAGUUCAAGUUACAUUUCAAAAAUGGUGGAGCUAUCGAAUUUGGUCAAGCGAUGCUUAAAGCAGCAUCAAUGGCUCAACGCAAUGGACCUGGAUAUGAUGUACCACCGCCUUAUCAGCCACCGUCAUCUGAUUGGUAUGCAGCUCCUCCACCAGCUUAUCAAGCUGCUCCAACAGGAUAUUAUGGUUGGGUUCCGCCAACUAACGUAUUUCCAGAUAGACCAGCGGCUAAUACAGUGUAUAUGACAGAUAUGCCUCCACCAUACCCAGGAAUAAAUGCUCCUUAUGUUAGUGGUGGAGCUCCUCAACAACAAGCUUGGGGUAAUGCAUCAUUCCAACAAAAUGGUGCUCCUGGCUGGGCUAAUCCUAAUUACAAUGGUCAUCCAAAUUCUCAAGCAGGUGCGUAUCCUGGCUAUCAACAACCACCUUAUAAUAGUUAUCCACAAGCAACUUACAAUAAUUAUCCACAACAACCACCACCCUAUUCACCUUAUCCUCAACCAGGACCACAAGGGCCUUAUGCUCAAUCUUAUAAUCCUUACAACCAGCCUCCAUAUCCGGGAAUGUAAUAUAUGAAUGAAUAUGGCUGUCUCAGUAUUAUAAAUUUUUAAUAAUAUGCAAGAAAUAAGUUUUAUUAAUUACCAUAAAUACAAGUUAAUUAAUUCAAAAAAACGAGGUUUUUAAUAAUUCAAAAAUAGCUUCGAAGUGAUUCAUUUUAGUUAUUGAGACAGUUGUUGUUUAGAGAAAUAUUUGAUUAUUUUUUAUGUAUAACCAUUUCCAGUAAUUUUGAAAAUACACUGAAUAUCUUUAUCAAAUUAUAAUGAUGAUGCUUUAAAUGUAUAAAAAUACUUAAAAUGUGUUAAUGAAGUUUAAAAC